GACGGCAGCUCCUCUCGUAUUAUGGAUAAUUUUUCUAAUAUUGUUCUUAAUUGCUAACGCGCACUCACGCGGCCCGCGGAGACUAGGAUACUUUUCGUAGGACUAUCCUCAGUAGACGGCGCGAGAACCUUGCUGCCAUGCCAAUCCAUAUAUCCCAUUCGUGCAGAACGCGGAGGGAGGAGGACGAGGAGGGGUUAGAUAAGAGACCUGAGGAACCAUACUUAAUAAUAAUAGGCUGUGUGAUCCCUGACUCCUGAACCGUCAACCUAACAAUAGGGCGUGAGAGUGAGAGUGGAUUAACCUGAUGCCGAUCCGUCUAAAAAGUAUAAAAAAUUUCAUCCCAAGAAAUAAAGUCUAGAACGAGCUGGCGGGGCGGAAACCGAGCAAUACCCGCUUUUGUUGCCACUGGUCGGUAUUUUACUCGCCCGUUACGGCGAAAUACAUCGGCGGCGGGAUUGGUUCCAUACGAGUUUUCUGCCCUUUUUUUGUUCUUUGAAGCUUGACUUUUCUGAGCUGCUAUACUCAGUUUUGACAGCAUAUAUAUCACCCAGGUUGCCUUCCUCGAGUUAUCGACGUUCUUCUUUCAGUGGUCGGGAUAUUGAACUGAGACUCAAAGUAUUAUCGGGUUGAACCCUGUUUGGUUGGUAUAGAAUACCUGGGCAAGCUUCCAAUGACGAAUUUGGGGACGAAAUCGGAACUAUAAGAAGAGAAUCAGAAGAAGCAACGAGAAUAUACGCCAGAAGUGAGGUUGGAUUGAAGAGGCAGCAGUCAGUCAAGUCACUCUUUUUAGUUUUGUCUGGCUGCUGCUUGCUUUGCUUUGCUUUGCUUUGCUUGCUCUGCUUGGGCAUAAUACUUCAUUCACUCUCCGCUUCAUCCGCGCCGUCAUUCCUACCCACUCUAGCUUUUUGCAAUAUCUCUGGUGCAUUGGCAAUCACUACCCGUAACUACAUAGGCCAGCCGUCACCAUGCCAGGAAGGCUCAUCUCCAGCUUUGUGCGGUCGUCGUCCGGGUUCCCGACGUCCGCUUCCUCCUAUCUACUUCCCGAGCGCAGCGAUCACGAUACUAUCAGAUCUACCUCAUCGUCAUCUUCCCAAAGGAGCACAGCCUCCAUAACAGAUAGUCCAGAGCGUCGUCUUUCGUUCUCAAUGGACCAUUUGAUCCACCCGUAUCGCCAUUGGGGACAUCAGGAGAAGAGGCGGAAUUUGAUCCAUUUGCGCUCUGGGGAUAAAUCAUCGGAUAACCGCUUACCUCCCGCCAACUUGGAUAUUACCAUCGAGUCCCCCCCAUUGGUUCUAUACGGUCCCCCCAGUCGCUCUACUGGCGCAUUGAUGUCAGGUCGUCUUUUGCUCUCAGUCUCGGAUGUACCAGGCCAAAUCACCCUUAAGGCACUGCGGAUGUGUUUGACCCGAAAAGUCUCUACGAAAAAACCCGUUUCGAGAGAUUGUUCAGCUUGCAAAUAUCAAACUGAGGAGUUGACCAGCUGGGAAUUCUUGACAGAGCCUGCCCACCUCAAAAGCGGCAUUCAUGAUUAUCCAUUUAGCUACUUGUUUGCUGGCAACUUGCAACCAACAACCCAAGGGUCACUAGGUGCGGUUUCAUAUAACUUAACUGCAUGCGCCGUGACUACAUCUGGGAAGGAACUCUGUCUCAACAGACCCAUCAAAAUAAAGCGAGCGGUCAUGCCUGGACCCGAUAAAUAUUCAAUGCGAAUCUUUCCUCCAACCAACCUCGUGGGACGGGCUACCCUACCAUCCGUAGUUCACCCAAUUGGAAAUUUCCCCAUUCAGUUAACCCUCUGUGGCGUUGUGGAGAGAAAGGAAGGGGGCCGCAUUAGAUGGCGUUUACGGAAGACAAUGUGGCGGAUCGAAGAGCAUCAGAGUAUCAUCUCCCAUGUUUGCCCUAAACACCUUCACAAAGUGACUGAGGGAAAAGGAAUUUUACACCAAUCGACACGUAUAAUCGGUCAUGGUGAGCAGAGAUCCGGAUGGAAGAGCGAUUUCGAUACUGUUGGUGGGGAAAUACACAUCGAGUUCGAAGCCAACAUCAGACCAGGCGCGAACCCGUUAUGUCACCUUUCGCCUACCCCUGAGGGAGGUUUGGAGGUCAGACACGAUCUUGUUAUGGAGCAAAUUGUUUCAGAGGAAUAUUGCCCUGAAAACAACGCCAAAUUCCUCACCCCAACUGGCGCAGCCCGAGUCUUGCGUAUGGUGUUUCCACUGCAUGUCACAGAACGUGGUGGCUUGGGAAUAAGUUGGGAUGAGGAGAUGCCACCCGUGUAUGAUGAUGUCCCUGACAGUCCACCAGGGUAUGUCAUGCCCGAUAGAGCCUCCAGUAGCAUAGAAGACUACACUGGCUCACCCCUUCCUCUACCGGAUUACGAGGAGCUUGAGCAAAUGAAUGCUUUCGAUGACUCUCCACACCAUCAAGGGAACUCCAGUGAAGCCUCCCAACAAGCCCCACAGCGGGAAUCGGGGCACCGUCUAACGGUAGAUGAUCUGGAAACAGAGCCGCAAUUGAACACGCCAACACAAGAUUCCCGUCACUCUCACUCGUCGGCCGCUGAUAUCGCUGAAGGUCUGUUGCAGUGAUGGCAAAAAUAUUCCCGCAUCGGUAUUUUGCCUCAUGGUUGGCGCUUUUUACUGAUUUCGCCUGACCUUUUAACAUUCGAACGUUCAAAUGUUUGCCCUUACCCAUAUCAACCUAAAUAUUCCACUUUUCUUUCGCCUAGCGCCCGUUAUUAUGUCCCCUUUCUCGAGCACCCUGCUGAGAAAAACGCGUUACGAUUCUCAUAAGUGGUUUUUAUUCGAGUACUUCUUCAUGAUAUGUUUCACGCGUAUCACUAAUGCCUCUAUUUUAUCUUAAUUUUCCUCGCUGAGUAUUAUUCUCUGAUUACUUGUUUUAAAACAAAAGUUAAACAGCAUUGGAGUUGGACAUAUGGGAUCUGUACGGUUAUUAAUUUCUUUUCAUCUUUCUUUUCUCCGAUGGUUACUUGCUCCUCGAUUCCGUUUAAUGAUUGUCCUUGGAAAUAGUUUGUUACUAGAGUCGUUUAUUUGAUAUCUAUUCACCUGAUUCCCCAUACGUUUUCCGAAUAGUUUCAAUGUUUAUUGUUAGUUUUACGUUUAUUACUAUGUUCUCCUUUGUGUCCCUUGGUACCGUCUGGUUCCCCUUAUUUAUCUUUGGUUCUGUAUGACCUGGCCGACAGUAAUGGGGAAAUGGAUCGAAAGCAUGAGUUGGGAAGCAAAGAAACGAAGCAGUUACUCGGAUUUGGAAAAUUACUCGGAUUUGGAAAAUCGUUGUGUAGUUAAAUAGUUAUUUCCCGUGGAGGAUGAAAGCAAGUUAGGAAUUAAAUCAUAUUAAAGAAAUCUUCAGAUA